AUGUUUAAAUUGGUGGUGUUGUCUGCUCUGCUUGCCGUCGCCGUCGCCGCUCCAAGUGCGACUCUCGUUGCACCAGCCCCGCUGGCGUACACAUCUUUGGUUCAUCAACCCACCGUCUAUGCUCAGAAGGAAAUCUCCUACCAGAAGAACAUCAUUGAAGAGCCAACCAUUGCCCAUGUGGGAACCGUCUUGAAGCAUGUUCCAACUGGAGUUACCCACACCAGCUCGGCGGUGGUGCACCACGAUGCCAAGAUUUCCGAACCAAUCUUCGCUCCAACUGUGAAGAAGACUGUCGUUGAGACUCCGAUUGAGAAGACCACUUACCAUCAGACUUACGCUGCCGCUCCAGCCAUCACCUAUGCUGCCCCAGCCGUGACCUACGCUCAUGCUGCUCCAGCCGUAACCUAUGCUGCCGCUCCAAUUGCCAAAGCUGCCUAUGUCGAAGCUGCCCCAGCUCUGACUUACGCUGCCGGUCCAGCUUACGGUUACGCUGCUGCCCCUGCUCUGACCUACGCCGCGGCACCAGUUGCCUACGGCAGCGGUAGCUACUACCACGGAGUCCCCGCUGUGUACGCCAAGCACUAG